ACGCCGCGCUCAGCGGGGGCGGCAGCCGCGGGAUCCGCCUCCGGAGCCUCCCACGCCGCGCCGCAGCCGGGGCCGCUGCUAUUUCUCGGUACCGCCCGUGUGGGCGGCGCGCAGAGCGGCGCGGCGCGGCGGAGCGAACGCGCACGGCGCGGCCGCGGGACCCCCGAACGCCCCCCGGGAUUCCCGAGCCCCCCGGAACGCUCCGUCCAUGCCCACGGGGCGCGCGUAGCGGCCGGACGGGGCUGCAGCCCGCGGCGCGCCAUGGCUGUGCCUCGCACGCUGGGGGAGCUGCAGCUGUACCGGGUACUGCAGCGUGCCAACCUGCUGGGCUACUACGAGACCUUCAUCCAGCAAGGAGGGGACGACGUGCAGCAGCUGUGCGAGGCGGGCGAGGAGGAGUUCCUGGAGAUCAUGGCGCUGGUGGGCAUGGCCACCAAACCGCUGCACGUCCGCCGCCUGCAGAAGGCACUGCGAGAGUGGGCGUCCAACCCGGGGCUCUUCAGCCAGCCGGUGCCGGCCGUGCCCGUCAGCAGCAUCCCUCUCUUCAAGCUGUCCGACGGGAGCGGGCGCAAAUCGCUCAGCAACGGGCACGCCAGCCCCGGCGAGGCUGUGGGGAAAGGGGGGGGAAGCGCGGGGACGCCCCCCGCUCGCAGCCCCACGGAACCCCCAGAGAAGCUGUCGCCUUCGGGGGCGCCUCCGUGGCCGGGUAGGAGCACCCCCGAAUCGGAGGGCGGUGGGGAUGAGGAGCCAGGUGCUCCCCCCUUCUCCCCCGGGGGCGCCGAGCAGCCGUCGAGCGGCGACGUGUUGGAGCCGGAGUUGGUGCGGACGGUGGCGGAGAGCGUCGAGCGGCUGCUGCAGAGCUGCCCCCGGGGGGGGGACGCGGAGCUGCGGGCUCUGCUGAAGCUCAAUAAGAAGUUGGCCAAAGCCGUCGGGCACAUCUUCCAGCUGGAAGACGGCGACCGGCAGAAGGAAGAGGAGAUCCGGCGGCACAGCGCGAUCUACGGCCGCGGUGAUGCGCGGCGCCGGGAGGGCAAACAGCUGACGCUGCACGAGCUCAUCAUCAACGAGGCGGCCGCGCAGUUUUGCCUGCGGGACAAUUCGCUGCUGCUGCGGCGCGUUGAGCUCUUCUCGCUGUCACGACAGGUCGCGAGGGAGAGCACCUACCUGUCCUCGCUCAAGGUGUCCAGGGCGCAGCCCGAGGACGGCGGGGCCAGCGCGCCCAAGCGGCUCAAACAGGAGGUGGGGGAGCAGAGUCGCGCCGAGCCGCCCUCGCUGGGGUCGGACCUCCACGCACCCCCAUACCGAGUCGGCAACGAGGAGGAUGCGGGGGGAGCGGCCGGAGAGAGCGUGGACGGCCACGCGCAGGCGGCGGGGCUCUGUCCCCGGCUGACCCCCCCGCCCGGCGCUGCCCCCGAUGCGCCCCUCGCGCUCCCCCCGCACGGGCUUUGGAGCCGGCACGUUCUGCAGCAGACGCUCAUGGAUGAGGGGCUGCGCUUGGCGCGAUUGGUCUCCCACGAACGCGUGGGGCGGCUCAGCCCCUGCCUGCCUGGGAAACCCCCAGAGUUCGAGGACGGAUUGGCAGAGCGCGGCCCCCCGGCCCCCCCAGACCCUCCGCGCGGCACCAUCAAGGUGGAGCAGGAAAACAGCCGGCAGUGAAGCCCCGCGCCCCUCACCUUUCCCCCUCUACCCCCCCCCCCCCCCACGA